UCGGCACAAAGCGACGAAGAAACACAGAGGGGAGACUACGGCGUAUGAGCUGAGGACUGAUUGAAAAGAAAGAGACACAGCUUUCGUUUUUGCUGGAUCUACAGUGAAGGAUAUAUUUGUUUAUUUUUUCUCUCGGUCGGAUUAUGAAUUCAGUUCAAGAGAUUCCCGUGUUGCCAUUCACAAUAUUCAUUAUCCUUGGCUGCGGGUGGAUUUCGGUGUCCGGGCAGUUAUCUUACUCCAUAUCGGAAGAGGUAAAUCCGGGAACCUCAUUGGGAAAUAUCGCCAAAGAUCUAAACCUCGGUCUGCACGAGUUGGAAGCGCGUAUGUUUCAAAUUGUUAAUGGGGCAAAGAAAAAACACUUCGGGGUAAAUCUAAAGACAGGUGUUCUCUUUGUCAACGACAGAAUCGACAGAGAGGAGCUCUGUGCAAAAGCAAAGAAAUGCACAGUGAGCGUCGAAGCUGUGAUUAAUUCUCCUCUGAAGCUUUAUCGUUUGGAGAUAAAUAUUAUAGACGUUAACGACAAUUUUCCAUCUUUUACUAGUACUUCUCAAAAUAUUGAAAUAGCAGAAAGCACACUGCCUGGGACUAAAUUUCUAGUCUUGUCAGCUUAUGAUGCAGAUGUAGGACAAAAUGACAUCAGUGCAUAUCAGCUGAGUACAAAUGAUCAUUUCUCCUUAUCAGUGAACAAAGGAGAGAAAGUGUCUGCUGAACUCAUCCUACAAAAACCUUUAGACCGAGAGAAGCAGUCUGUUAUCAGUCUGACGCUGACUGCUGUAGAUGGAGGCACACCAGUAAAAUCCGGAACAUCACAGUUAGUAAUACAUGUUUUGGACAUUAAUGAUAACGUACCAAUGUUUGCUCAGCCUUUAUACAAAUCAAGCAUUACCGAAAAUUCGCCACUUGGUACGUCGGUGAUAACAGUCAUAGCGACAGACAAAGAUGAAGGGCCAAACGGAGCGAUUUCCUUCUCACUUGGCAGCAAAGACCAAGACCACAUUUUAGACAUCUUUCAAAUUGAUGAACUUACAGGUUUAAUAACUGUGAAAGGAAACAUUAACUUUGAAGAGCACCCUGUUUUUGAAAUACGCGUUCAGGCCAGUGACAGAGGGUCUCCUCCUAUGACCUCACAGUGCAAGGUGCUGAUAGAAGUAAUCGAUUUAAAUGAUAAUGCUCCCGAAAUAUCUGUAACCACUCUCAUUGACACCGUUAAAGAAGACACAAAAUUGGGAACAGCUAUUGCGCUUGUCUCGGUGGUAGAUAAAGAUGGGGGUAAAAACGGAGUAAUUCACUGUAGCGUUAAAAAUAAAACCCCAUUCAAGUUAGAAACGAAUUAUAAAAAUUAUUACUCUUUGGUGGUGGACAGCCAGCUGGACCGAGAGACUGAUUCAUAUUACAAUGUGACCAUCAUUGCUUCAGAUGACGGAAAACCCACUCUGACGAGCACAAAGGAUUUUACAGUUUUUGUUUCCGAUGUGAAUGACAACUACCCACGAUUUUUAGAUUCUGUGUUCAAUGUUUAUUUAAAAGAGAACGCUCCGGUAGGAACUGUUUUAAAAAGAGUAUCUGCAUUGGACGCGGACAUUGAUCAGAAUGCUCAAGUGAGUUUUUCAGUUGCUGUAAGUAAUGGCAACAUGCAGCUUUCGUCGAUGGUAAAUAUUAAUUCAGAGACUGGAGAUAUAAUCAGCUUACAGUCGUUUAACUAUGAAGAGUUAAAGACAUUUCAGUUUAAAGUUCAGGCUACAGACUCUGGUGUUCCUCCGCUCAGCAGCAACGUGACUGUUAAUGUUUUCAUCUUGGAUGAAAAUGAUAAUAAUCCAACCAUUUUAGCUCCUUAUUCUGAGCACGGCUCUGUUAACAGUGAGACCAUCCCUUAUUCUGCUGAAUCUGGAUACUUUGUGGCAAAGAUCAGGGCUGUGGACGCAGAUUCUGGAUACAACGCGCUGCUUUCUUUUCACCUGUCGGAGCCCAAAGGAAACAACCUGUUCAGGAUCGGAACCAGCAGCGGAGAAAUCAGGACUAAGAGGAGAAUGAGUGACAAUGACCUGAAAACUCACCACUUGUUGGUGUUAGUUUCUGAUAAUGGAGAACCUUCUCUGUCAGCCACUGUUUCUAUUGAUGUGAUGGUGGUUGAAAGCACAGCUGAUGUCCAGACUCAGUUCAGACAUGUGCCUAUAAAGGAGGACAACUUCUCUGAUUUGAACUUGUAUCUACUGAUCGCCAUCGUGUCAGUGUCUGUGAUCUUUCUGCUGAGUCUCAUCAGUUUAAUAGCUGUCAGAUGCCACAGGACAGACAGUGAUUUCAGCAGGUACAGCGCCCCCAUGAUCACCACCCACCCUGACGGGAGCUGGUCUUACUCUAAAGCUACUCAGCAGUAUGACGUGUGUUUCAGCUCAGACACACUGAAGAGUGACGUAGUGGUUUUCCCCGCACCGUUUCCUCCUGUAGAUGCUGAACUGAUCAGUAUUAACGGUACAGACACUUUUACCAGAACUCAGACUUUACCAAACAAAGACAAGGUAAGAUCCGAGCUUAACUUUUAUCUCAGCAGGUUUUAUUGCUCACGAUUGUGCGUGUUUUCCUCAUUUCGACAAAAUGUUGACUUUAGCUAAAAACAAAAAAUAUAGAA